AUGGCGAAAAUAAUUACAAAGAAGAUAAUAAAUAGUCCAGAAACAUGCGUGGAUGAUAAUCUGCUUGGAGUUGUGGCUCUUUAUCCUAGUUUGAGGCUUCAUCCAAAGCAUAGAGUCAUUACUAUACGACAAAAUGUUGAUUCUAAAAGGGUAGCGAUACUGGGAGGUGGUGGAUCUGGUCAUGAACCAUUUGCAGCAGGAUUGAUCGGCUCUGGAAUGUUGGAUGGUUCAGUGGCUGGUGGAGUAUUCGCAUCUCCUCCAACAGGUCACGUUCUGUACGCAAUAACACAACUGUAUAAAUAUAAUUCAGGUGGAGUCUUGGUGAUACUUGGAAACUACACGGGUGACAGAUUGAAUUUCGGCAAAGCUAUUGAAAAAGCUAAAAUUGCGGGAAUAAAGGUGGAAGGUCUCAUAGUGGGAGAAGACGUCGCAUCCAGUCAAAAUAAAACUGGAGGGCGGAGUAUGUGCGGGGAAGUCUUCUUUUAUAAGUUGUGUGGAGCUAUGGCUGUAAAGGGAUAUGAUGUCGAAUCGAUUCGCGAGAUGGCGCUUGAAGUUAACAGAAACAUGGCGACGUUGGGUGUCUGCCUUACUGCUUGCUCUCUUCCAGGUCAACCACCUCUAUUUGAGAUAGCAUCAGAUGAGAUGGAGAUCGGCGCAGGAGUUCACGGUGAAGCCGGUAUUGAAAAGCGGAAGAUGGGAACAGCUAAAGACAUUGUUAAACUUAUACUUGAUCAGGUCAUAAGCCAUUUGAAGCUUAAAGAAGGAGCUACAGUAGCUGUUAUGAUCAACAAUAUGGGGGGUACGUCUAUCAUGGAAAUGAAUAUCAUCGCAGCUGAAGCAAGACAAUAUCUAGAUAAAUCUAAAAUCCGCGCUGAAAGAAUAUAUUCUGGGCAUCUAAAAACCUCCCUGGAAAUGCAAGGUUUCCAAAUCUGUUUACUCCACCUGAACGAGAGUCAUGGAAAGUUAUGGCUGGACCUCUUAGACCAACCCACUGAGGCCCGGGGCUGGACUGGAGGUGUCAUGUCUGUCAGACCUACACAAGAAUUGGAACAUGGAGAUGAAGAAGACUUGCAGAGCGAUGUACAUGAGGGAGAUGCCGGUCCGUCAUUAACUAAAAAAGAUCAAGAUGUGAUACAGAAGAGUUUGAUGGCGGCUGCAGAAGAGUUGGUGAAGAACGAAGAACUCCUUAACAGACUGGACUCGGGUUGUGGAGAUGGAGAUUGUGGUAUUACGAUCAAGAAAUUUGCCGAAGCUGUGAAGUUAUAUUUGAAGACGGCAUUGUUGGAAUAUCCGUCUAACGUGUUGUGGGAGCUUUCUGAAAUGGCAGAAACAGAUAUGGGCGGCACUUCUGGUGGCAUUUACAGUUUAGGUCUUGCUGCUGCCUCACAGGCUUUGGCUAGGGGAAAAUCAAAUGAUCGCCACAUAUGGUUAUCUGCGUGGGAGAGCGCGAUGGAGGCCAUCUCCAAGUACGGUGGGGCAGAGCCUGGUGAUAGAACUAUGCUAGAUACGUUACAUAAUGCAGCGGAAGCAUUCAAGGAAAAUAUAGAGGCUGAUAUAAAAACAAUUCUGUCGAAAAUCGUUGAAGCAGCAGAUUUGGGAGCGAAAAAUACUGGCAACAUGACCGCGAGGGCUGGUCGUGCCUCGUACGUAGCGAGUGCUUACAUUCGCGAUGAAGACGCCGGCGCACGCGCAGCCGCCAUUUGGAUCAAAUCUAUACUUACGACUAUGGUUGACAAUUUAUGA